ACCCACCCAGCAUCCUCAGCGUCGCGACGCCGACGUAUACUCUAUACUUGCCAGUCUUUAACACACCGAACUCGCCAGUCUCCCACCUAACCGGCUACGAGCAACAUCAAGCUUCGCGAGAAAUUUUUCCGCGAUUAUACCGCGUACUCGGUACGGCGUGUUGAAUUUUUUUCUGUGCUUAAUUUUAAUUGUUAUUACAAUUUUAUUAAUAUUUUUUGUGGUAAAAAUUUUUUAUUUUUUCGUGUUCGUGUCAAUGAAUUGGAAAAUUGUUAAAAAUAAUUAUUUUUUUUGGAUUAUUUAUUUGUCGUGGUUGGUUUUUAGUGAAUUUUAGUGGAUAAUCCUUACGUGGUUGGUGGUUUCAGAAGUAAAAAAUGUCUUCUCUCCGUACACAAUCAAGCGGUGGCGCGGUGGUGGGUUUCGGUAGUGUCGGGUCAGAUCGCACUGGAGCCACAUCAACAGCAGGUGGUUCGCAUUCCCACUCUCACUCACACAGAAAGCAUCACCAUCACCAUCGAAGCAGAAGUGCACCGCGAACUCCAGAGAAACCACCUCGUAAGCGACAUCUCAACACCGGCACCAGUCUCGCCUCGAUACCCAGUCAAAUAAAGCUCUCGAUGCUGAACAGCGGUCUUAUUUCUUACGCUGCUGAAGAACUUGGCGAUAUGGGUACGACUUUACCAUCAGCACCGACGACUCUUGCGCAGUAUCCAAAACUUUGUGAACUUCGUCGAAAGUUUCCCGUAUUAUAUCGCGUUGAAUUCCAGAGUGCAGACAAAGUAGAAACCCACUUGUGCAGGCACGCGAUGAAACCGUCUAAUAGGGAGAAAAACCAAAACCAGCGAUGUAUUCCAUACGACUACAACAGAGUUGUGCUGGAUACGAUAGAAGGACAAACAGACUCCGAUUAUAUUAAUGCCUCUUACGUAGACAGUUUACUGAAACCAAACGCCUACAUCGUGACUCAAGGACCCAUAGAGACAACAGUAACUGAAUUUUGGCGAAUGGUCUGGCAAGAGCGAGCAUCCUGUAUCGUUAUGUUAACCAAAACAUUUGAUUUCAUAAAGGUAAUGUGCGUGCAAUAUUGGCCAGCAAACAAAGACAAGGAUGAAGAAUACGGCGGAAUUUGUGUAUCAGUACUAAAAGAAGAGGAAUUGGCAAAUUUUCAUAUACGAACGAUAAAACUGUUCAAAAAAAACGCAAACGAGGAAAUAACGGAGGAAAGAACGCUGCUACAAUUCCACUACACUGAAUGGCACUCACACACGUGUCCGUUUAGCAACGCGGUAUUAGAAUUCCGUAGACGUGUCCGGGCAGUUGUUGGGUCUACUAUCAAAAACGAGUCAGGUCCAAUGGUGGUUCACUGCAACGACGGCGGUGGACGGUCUGGAGUGUAUCUCGCCAUAGACGCGAAUAUGGAGCUCGCUGAAGAGGAGGACACUUUUGACGUCUUUGGAUAUCUGAAGAAACUCCGUCAAAGUAGGCGGGGGCUCAUAGAAAGUUUGGACCAAUAUAAAUUCGUGUACGACACCCUCGAGGAGUUUGUUAUAUGCGGAGCAUCGUGGUUUCCAGUCUCUGAACUUUCUCAGCGGUUAAAGCAGAAGAGCGUGAAGAAUCCAAUAACUAAGAUGAACGAGUAUCAACGAGAGUAUCAACAGAUUUGCAAGCAAACACCUCGAUUUACGAUUGGUGAUUGCGCUGGUGGGCAUCGUGCUGACAACAGGGAAAAAAAUCGUGAUGUUUUAGUUGUUCCACCUGAUAAUUUUCGGCCUUAUCUAACAAGUUUUCAAGGAAACAGUUUUACAGACUACAUAAAUGCAGUUUUUGUUGACGGUUACACAAAACCACGGGAAUACAUAGUAACAGAAUGGCCAUUAAAGCACACUUGCGGUGAAUUUUGGUCCUUAGUAUACGAUUACGAGUGUUCAGCAGUAGUAAUCCUGUGUGUGCCGCCCACAACUUCAACAAACUUUCCUAGCUUCUGGCCUGAAGGAAAGCACUCCAAGAAGUACGGACCUGUCUUCACAAUAGAUCACAUCAGCCAUAAUCAUUACACCAACAUUAAAACUUGGAUAUUCCGGAUAAACAAGAAAAUAGUAUCACUGACGGAGUUGAUGGCCGGAGUAAAAGCACCUCCAAAAACGGUCCAGCUGUUCCAGUUGACAUGUUGGCCGAUGGGUCAAGCAGUGCCUACGUCCACCAACAGCCUGGUUGAGCUGAUGAACAUGGUUGAAAGGUGGAGACAAAAGGGAGAUUACGGUCCAGUGUGUGUCGUUUCACCUGACGGCAGAAGUCGCUGCGGCGUUUAUUGCGCUGCAAAUGCUUGCAUCGAGCAAGUUAUUCAGCACGGUGAAGUUGAUAUCUUUCAAGCUGUUAAGACUGUACGACGACAUCGCCCUCAGCUCGUUGGGAACAUGACGGAAUACAAGUACUGCUACGACUUGGUCCUUCACUACGUGCUGCACUACCUGAAUAAAGACAUGAAUGAAAAAAAGUGAGAAAGCGAGUUGAGGGACGAGCUGUGGUUCAUUGAGUUCGGACGCGGAGCAGCCUUACCAUUGACCCCCGAAGAAGCGCCAACAGACGGCGAGCCGGUGGUACCUUGCGCACAGGGACGUAUCGUAAUCGAGACAA